UGUUGCACCGUUCGUUCAUCGGUUGUCAUGGACGCAGCACAUGGAGGUACCUCUUCUAGUUUGAGCACCAGUGCCCCGGACGAGGAAGAGCCAUGGAUACUGGAACACCCGAGGUUUAGGGAAAUGAUGUCAUUGGAUGUAGCGGAUAGUGUACAAGUAUAUGCAGCCUUUCUGGUAUACAUGGAUCUCCUAGAAGCCCGAAACUGGCAUGACGUGCAGAUAUUUGGAUCAACAGAGCUACAUCUUAUCUAUCUUCGUGGUCAAGAGAAAGAGGAUCUCACACCACAAGUAAUAAUUCCAACCCCUGUCUCCAUCCCAUACAGUCAUGAAAGAAUUCAACAGUUUAUGAAACUGGACUGCACGUCAGCAGAGAAUCAAAACACAUCGUCUGCACCAAAUAUACUUUUAGCUAUUGUUGAAUCUGAUUCAACAGUUGUAUAUUAUAAAUUGACUGAUGGAUUUGUAAUACCAGAGCCACCAGAUUUUGAGGAUGACGUGGCCAAUAAGAGGUGGAAGAAGAAGAAAAUGAGACUUUUGAGGUAGCCAAAACUUUCCUUGUGGAGGUAUGGUGCAUCAUAUUAGACAAAGACACACUUUCUGGUUGAUGAUCUAAUCUUUACUAGAAGGGAUGACCCAACACAUCAACAAAUCCUAGACAGUGGUGCAAUUAUAAAAUCAAUACCUUCCUUUCAAUGGUGCAACUUUAGAGGACAAGCCUUCAUUGUAUAGAUGUCCCAAACUUAUGGUUCUGGUUCUGUUUCCAGGGAUUGUACCAUAAGAGUACCUAUGGUAAACCUUUCAUUGCCUACAAGCGCUUUGUUGUAUGAGCAACCAACCGUAUACUAGAUAACUUUGUGUUUCAAUAAGCUUUUUUUAUGGCAUAAUGAAACAAUAAAAUAAAUUCAUAGCAAAGUAUAUUAACUAUAGAAGCCUUGAAAUAAGUUAUUGCCUUCUUUUGUACAAAAUGGCUACCUAGUAUUUUUAUUUUUCAUAUAGACCUGAAAAUGAUAUGGACGAGCUGGAGUUUGUGUUUGCUUUAUUUUGGAUGCCAUAUUCAUUUUGCGACAUAUUUACUCAUUUUUAAAAAAAAUAGGUGAAAAGGCAAGGGGCUUCAUGAACAUUGGGCCAUAUCACAUGAGUGGCAUGUCUCAGAAGCCAAGCAAUAUCCAUUUGGAAAACCAACUGUAAUAGAGAGAUAAAUGUAAAUGUUAUAUUAAUCCAAAAUAGGAGGGGACACCUAAAGUCAAAAAGCAGCAUUGUACAAAUUAUCAAAAAGAUAUAUUAAAAAAAAAAAAAAUUAUUCCCCUGGAAACAUGGGCAUUCCUCGUGCUUGAAACCUUUAACAUAGGCUUCUUCUUCUUCUGACUCUCUAUUAAAAAUGCUUCUUUGCUUUUCCAGA